CGCCAGCAAAAGCUGCGGCUCCACGAAAGUUGCCUUCGUACCGUUCAUUCAUUGCUUGGGAGUCGCAAACGGCAAACCAAGUGCAUUCAAGCUGGAGUCUCCAACGAGGACAAAUCUCAUCUAACCGGAUCUUUGGCUAUAUACAGUACAUGGUACUGUAAAGACUUGCUACGAAUCAGGACUUUUCUUUUCAAGCAGUAAAACAAGCAGCAGUGAUGGAGGAUUCAACAGUCGUUGAUCAGCAGCCCAACGCCGCCGCGUACGACAACAACCUGGCGGCUGUGGCCACCGGUCCCGUCGCGACGCCGUGCUACGAUGAUCUGUUCCCGGCGCUGCCGGUGAGCGAUACGCCGCGCUUCAACAACCAAACCAUCUCGCCGGCCACGCAGAACAUGCGCGUCGGCAGCUCGGUUGUGACGCAGGUCUUCAUCGUGCCGUCCGGCGAGCGCAAGUACGACUCGGACAAGUUUGGCGAGGGGGAAUCGCUGCGCACGUGCCAGAACAUCAUGAAGGAAACCAACGCCCAUAUCGAGAUCUCGAGCGGCAAGGACCAAUCGUUGACGUUCCUGGUGACGGGCAAGCCGAACGAGGUGAUCGAGGCGCGUCGCAAGAUUCUGGUGCACUUCCAGACGCAGGCGAGCAAGUCGAUUAGCAUCCCGCGCGAGCACCACCGUUGGAUCCUGGGUAAAGGAGACCGUUUGCGUGAGCUGGAGAGAACUACGGCCACCAAGAUUAACGUGCCCCGUAUCAACGACGAGUCGGACGUCAUUACGAUCUCCGGCACGAAGGAGGGCAUCGAGAAGGCCGAGCACGAGAUCCGCAUCACGUCGGACGAGCAGUCGCGCAAGGCCUUCGAGCGUGUCAACAUCCCGAAGAUCUACCAUCCGUUCAUUGUGGGACCGCACAGCGAGAACGUCAACAAGAUGAUGGAGGAGACGGGCGCGAAGAUCAACAUUCCGCCCCCGUCGGUCCAGAAGGACGAGAUCAUCAUCACCGGCGAGAAGGAGGGCGUACUGCAGGCCAAGGCACGCAUCGAAGCCAUCAGCAAGGAAAUGGAGAAAAAGUGUACCAGCGUCGGCGUCGAAGUUCCGCGUGCCCAGCACAAGUACAUCGUCGGACCGAAGGGUUCCACUAUCCAGGAGAUCCUGUCGAUGACUGGCGUGUCGGUGGAGAUGCCCUCGAGCGAUUCCCAGAACGAUACCAUCACUCUGCGUGGCCCGCAGGACAAGCUCGGAAACGCUCUGAGCGUCGUGUACCAGAAGGCGAACUCGGUUCGCACCACGACGCUCGAGUGUCCCCAGUGGAUCCACAAGUACAUUAUCGGACGCGAGGGUGGCCACAUCAAGGAGUUUACCGCCCAGUACCCGAACGUGCACGUGGAGUUCAACGAGGACAAGAUCAAGAUCGAAGGCCUGCCAGAGCAGGUUGAUGCCUCCGCCGAGGCACUGGAGAAAAUGGUCAAAGAUCUGACCGGGCGUCUCACCUUCGCCGAGAUGAUGGUGGAUCCGAUCUAUUGCAAGCACAUUAUCGGCAAGAACGGAGCCAACAUCAACCGGAUGAAGGAGGAGUACGAGGUGCUCAUCAACAUCGACGAAAAGGACUCGAUCAAGCCGAUCCGUAUCGAGGGACCGGCCGACGGUGUUGAGCGAGCCAAGCAGGAGCUGCUUGAAAAGAUCACGAAAUUGGAAAACGAAAAGGAAGAGUCGAUCGUGAUCGACCAUCGCCUGUUCAAGACGAUCAUCGGAGCGAAGGGCGAAACGAUCCGCGAGAUCCGCGACAAGCACAACCAGGUGCAGAUCAUCUUCCCCGGUCCGAACGACAAGUCGGACAUUGUCAAGAUCCGCGGACCGCGCGAAGAUGUCGACAAGUGCAGCAAGUACCUGGCCAAGUACGUCAAGGAGCUGCAGAAGAACUCGUUCGUCAUGGAGGUGCCCAUCUUCAAGCAGUUCCACAAGUACGUCAUUGGCAAGGGCGGUGCCAACAUCAAGAAGAUUCGCGACGAGACUCAAACCAAGAUCGAUUUGCCGGCCGAGGGUGACAAGAACGACGUGAUUGUCAUCACCGGAAAGAAGGAAAACGUGAAGGAAGCUCGCGACCGCAUCCAGAAGAUCCAGGAAGAGCUGGCCAACAUCAUCACCGAGGAGAUCCAGAUUCCGCCCAAGUACUACAACUCGCUGAUCGGAUCCGGCGGCAAGCUCAUCUCGUCCAUCAUGGAGGAGUGCGGUGGCGUCUCGAUCAAGUUCCCCAGCCCGGAAUCCAAGAGCGACAAGGUGGCGAUCCGUGGCCCCAAGGAGGACGUCGAUCGCGCCAAGGCGCAGCUGAUCGAGCUGACCAACGAGAAGGAGCUGUCCUCUUUCACUGCCGAGGUACGUGCCAAGCCGCAGCACCACAAGUUCCUGAUCGGCAAGAACGGUGCUUCCAUCAAGAAGAUCCGCGACCUCACCGGCGCCAGGAUCAUCUUCCCGGGUACUAACGAUGAAGACAAGGAGGUCAUCACCAUCAUCGGCAAGAAGGAGGGCGUCGAGGAGGCCCGUACCCAGCUGGAGGCGAUCAUCAAGAACAUCGACAACAUCGUCGAGGACGAGAUCAGCGUGGACCCCAAGUUCCACAAGCAUUUCGUGGCCCGUCGCGGUGAGGUGCUGCACCGGAUUGCCGAGGAGUGCGGUGGCGUGAUGAUUUCGUUCCCGCGGUCGGGCGUCGACAGCGACCGGGUGACGCUGAAGGGCGCCAAGGACUGUAUCGAUGCGGCCAAGGCUCGCAUGCUGGAGAUUGUCGAGGAUCUGGAGCAGAUGGUUACGAUCGAGUGCAUCAUCCCGGCCCGUCACCACCGUAUCGUCAUGGGCAAGGGUGGCUCGAAGGUGCAGGGAGUUACGUCCGAGUUUGACGUCAACAUCAAGUUCCCGGAGCGCGACGCGCAGGAAGCGAUCGCCGAGGGCUACCAGAAUGGCGACGUCAACGGGGGAGAUCCCAUCAUGACGACGGACAUUAUCCGGAUCAGUGGACGUAAGGAAAAGUGCGACAAGGCCAAAGCGGCUCUGUUGGCUCUGGUUCCCAUUACGGAGGAAAUCAACGUUGCGUUCGAUCUGCAUCGCUCGCUGAUCGGCCAGAAGGGACGUGACGUCAAGGAGUUGAUGAACACGUACGACGUGCACAUUGAGCUGUCGCCGCAGGACCAGAAGCUGGACAUCAUCAAGGUCACCGGAGCGCGGGCCAACAUCGAGGAGGCCAAGAUUGCCAUCGAUAAGCGAAUUGUUGAGCUGGAGGCUGACCGCAAGGAUCGCGAGCUGCGUUCGUUCGAGGUGAAGGUUGAAAUUGACCCCGAGUUCCAUCCGAAGAUUAUCGGUCGCCGUGGUGCUGUUGUGAACAAGAUUCGUGCAAACCACUCGGUGCAGAUUUCGUUCCCGAAGGUGGACGAUCCUGUGAACAACAUCAUCUCGAUCCAGGGAUACGAAGCGAACGCAUACGCCGCUCGCGACGAGAUCCUCGGCAUCGUGAACGAACUCAACUCGAUGCACCGCGAGGAGGUUUCCAUUGACGAGCGCGUCCACCGCCGUUUCAUCGGCUUCAAGGGACGUCGCGUCCGCGAGAUCAAGGAGAUGUUCAAGGUGGAGAUUAGCUUCCCGCGGCCGGAAGAUCCGGACCAGUCGAUCAUUGUGAUCUCCGGCAGCCACCAGGACGAUGUCGAGGCUUGCCGCGAUCAUCUGCUCAACCUGGAGGAGGAGUUCCUGCAGGACGUCGUUACGGCCGCCCCGACGCAGCAAACGACCUUCACCCAGAUCCUGGAGGACAUCGGCAAUCAGCGCGAAACGCCCAAGCAGGGCUUUGUCGUUCAGGGCGCCCCGUGGGAACGCCGCAACAACGCUCCCAACACGCAGUCCCAGGAGGACUUCCCCGACUUUGGCCUCGGCGGACCGGCCCCAGUCGAGCAGGCCCCAUCGGCUCCGAUCGCAUCGGCCUGGAACGCUCGCCACUAAGCGUGACUUUGAACAGCAAUUAUAAACACACACACACACAACCACACGUGAAACAAUAGAUUCAUCCGUAACGUAGCGAGAGAGAGAGCGAACGAGAUCACGAGAGACACACAUAGCGCAUGAGAGAAGGGUGGAGAAAUUGAGAGAGAGAGAGGCAGGGCGAAGUCAAUUUGUCUCCCAACCCAGCUACAAUGUAAUAGCAGCGACCGGUUUCGUGUCACACAGCUUUCACGCAC